CACAUGAAGGACGUGUGCCCAGCUGCCCAGCUCUUUACUGACGUGGACUGGAUCGACUAUUCAGCGGAAGAUUACACCUGCCGUGUUUGAGAUCACCGCUCGGUUAUCGGUCAGUCAGGUCUGCACGCUCAUGCUUAUCAGCUCGUGUCUGGCUUCCAGAACCUCCAUGGAAAGGUAGGGGGGGUUCCACGUGAGUACUGUUCAGGUGUGCUCCAGUUUUUUCCCCUUCCCUUUUCUUCGUAAGAACCCGUGCGCUUGAAUUUUUGCUAGUCCUGUGACUGCCUUGGCUUUCCUGUUCGUGAAAGUGUGGUUAUAUACUUGCAUGGUACGAAGCUACGAAUAUGCCGUGCUACAGCGUCUUCGACGUCACAUAACACGAGAUUGAGUUCACGAAUUUUCUAGAAAGGACAACGGAUUCAUCUAAAAUCGCAGCUAAUCACACAAAGAUCAGUAGAUCACUACUCUUUUCUUUUUCAGUUCCCAGGCUAUUCAUCACCUUGAGUAGCAAACCAAACCGAGAAGAGUUAUCACUUAGUAAACCUCAAAACCCAAAUCCGCAGGCUCACUCCACCCGCACCAGCUCUGGCUAGCUCUGCUUCUUGCGGCGAACAUGGCGCCUUCGCCGCCGCGGCAGCUGAACUUGGCGGACCUCAAGGCCCUGUCCGUGCUCGGCCAGGGCGCCAGGGGCGUGGUCUUCCACGUCGUGCCUGUCGCCGCAGCGGCCUGCUGCUCCACAUCAGGCGACCCUAUGAACAUGGCGCUCAAGUCAAUGUCACGCGCCGCCGCGCGGCGCAAGGGCGCGGGGGAGGGCCCGGGACUCGGCGGCGGCGGUGACGGGCACCGGAGGAUAUGGUUCGAGCGCGACGUGCUGCUCGCGCUCCGCCACCCGCUGCUCCCGUUCCUGCGCGGCGUCGUCGCCACAGACGCCGUCGUGGGCUUCGCCAUCGACCGAUGCCCCGGCGGCGACCUCAAGUCCCUCCGACGCCGGUGGUGGGCUGAGACGGAGUUCCCCGACUCCGUCAUCCGAUUCUACGCGGCGGAGCUGGUGCUCGCCCUCGAGCACCUCCACGGUCUCGGCAUCGUGUACCGCGACCUCAAGCCCGAGAACGUCCUCAUCCAAGAGUCCGGCCACAUCAUGCUCGUUGACUUCGACCUCUCCACCACGCUACCACCGCCUCCGCCUCCUCCGCCGCCGCCGCCGGACGCGACCCCGCCACGCGCCAGCUCGCCCUCACCUUCCUCACGCCAACGUCACCGCAAGCGCAAGAACAAGAAGGCAGCGAUGUUCUUCGCGUGCUUCUCCUCUCGCCACGCAGCCUCGCUUGAGUCGUCAUCCCAGUCGCCGCUGUCCACUUCCGGAACAGCCUCGUCCGCGUCCUCGUCGUCCUGCUGCUCGUCGGGCUCGCGGACGCCGGCCAAGUCGAACUCGUUCGUGGGUACGGAGGACUACGUGGCCCCAGAGAUCGUGGCCGGGUGCGGGCACAACUACGCCGUGGACUGGUGGGGCCUCGGCGUGGUACUCUACGAGAUGCAGUACGGGCGCACGCCGUUCCGGGGGCGGAGCCGGCGGGAGACGUUCCACCGCAUCCUCACCGCGGCGCCGGAGCUGCCCGGCGAGCCGACGCCGUUGCGGGACCUCAUCGCGCGUCUGCUCGAGAAGGACCCCGGGAAGCGGCUCGGCGCGCACGGCGUCAAGCGGCACGCCUUCUUCCGCGGAGUCGACUGGGACAGCGUCCUCGACGUGGCGCGCCCGCCGUUCAUCCCUGCGCCCGACGAUGACGACGACGCAGGCGCGGAGGCCGGGGCGCUGGACGUGGAGAAGGUCGUGCAUGAGGCGUUCGCCUCGAGCGGCGCCGGUGAGACGCCUCCGGAGGAGCUUCCGCCUCCACAAACCCUAGCUGCAACCAUCAUCUCCUCCGCGGCGCAGCCACCCCUCUGCCACUGGCUCCCCUCUAUGGUGCCUCUCCUCAUUCCGUUGCUACGCCCUCGCGCAGGAUGUCACCACCAUCGGCCUUCUUCCGCGGUGCGGAACCCUAACUGUCGCCGCAUCCUCCAUGGCACCUCUCCUCUGUGCAUGACGACCGCCCCCUCUACUGAAGGUUAGGAGGCUCUCCUUGGCGCCUCCGUGAGGAGGCUGCUCGGCACGAGGAAGAUUGCCAGGCUCAGGUCGCCACCGUCGCGCUUCAUGCACAAGCCGUCACGGUCCUGAACAUCAAGUCCCUCGUGGCUAUCGUCCUCGACAUCGUCUCCCCGCACUACACGCUCGGCAAGUACAUCUUGCCAAUCACGUUCUCUCCAAGGACGAGGACUUGCUUGGAAGCGGAUGGACUGCACUGUGCUCUCUUGGCUAUACGGCACGAUCUCCCCCGGUUGCUAGAAUUCCAUAGAAGCCUACGACAAUUCACAGUUACACUAUUUCCUAUGAAGUUCUUGUGCUAAACAGCGACUAAAAGUUUGUAUCAUGAUAAUAUGAGUCUCAUUUUGCCAUUUGUUUUCUUUUGUGCGCAAAUGUUUUGUAUCAGUAGAGGAAACAAGAAUUCGAACUGAAACAUACCAACGUACCACUUUUCAUGCUCACUCGAGCUGCACCUGUCGGUGUGCCCAAGUUUGGCUGUGGUUUCAGGGACGAUCUUGAGUUCAUCAUCAGUUGAGUGGGAUAGCCCCAUGCAUUCCAGUUAACACUUCGUAGCCCAAAUCGGAAGUGUCGAAUGCCACAGCUUCGCAAACAAAAUACAAGGAGGAAAAGAAUCGAACCCAAGCUGUCAGCCUGCUCAGCUGCCCAGCGCUCAAAUGGGCAAAUGGCGCUCAAAGUUCGUUUCGUUGGUCACUUGAUGACCGCUUCUUUUCCUCCUCUCAGUUGUCACCUGUUUCGUCGCCCCAGGACACGGGAUGCAGAUGACCCCAUCGCGUUUUCCCUCUUCUAGCUUUCAACUUUCAGGUGGCAAGUGCUGCCGUUUCUGGUAGUGUAACAUCGUUCGGUUGAUGACUGAGCUGUCACUCAGGUUGCAAUCUUCUUUGCUCCUGGAAAGUUCUGAACCUACUGCAUGCCGACGAUGUUUACAUACGUGGGUUGGUCCCGGUGGAACAAUUGGAAAGAACGCAAUGGAAGGAUUUUCCAGAGCAAAGCACGCCAUCCGUAUCAAGGAGGAUAUUGACUAAAGGAGAGCUUUCGGGGACUAACAAGUUGGAUCAAAGAGCAAUCUCUAGUUGGCUGUAGUAAUCCAUGCGCUCAAUCACGCGCAUCUUUUUGUUAUCAUUGCGUUGAUUAUUUUCUCUUCUGUUGGUCCCUAGCUGGACCCCUCUCUACUUUC